AUUUGUGUCCAUAUUGGAUGUUUUCUCUUUCAGUUCUAUGUACUGUUGUAACAGAGCUCCGAAUUUUUUGUAGCAUGACUCCUGAUAUAAAUACAGAAAACAUCUGAUCUUACUUACAUUUAACAAAAAACUUCUUGUUCAACAAAGAAAAACCAGAAUCUAUUUCAACUAGAAUUGGUGGGGUGCGCCUGACCCAUGCAGCAGUGCAACGCAUGGGCGACACUUGAAGACCCCAGUAGCAAGCUACCGUGAUGGACCUUCUCCCUCAAAAAACUAAUUUAAUAUCAUGUGGAUCAAUGACCCACGUAUCAGAUAUUAAACUGAUAAGAACAGAUACUACACUUGAUCUUAGCCAAAAGGCCGAGAAAGGUAUGCUUUGCAAUCGCUCUCAACUUCUCUUUCAUAACUUGUCUCGCCCAAACCCUAUUCAACUGUUCAUGAUGUGGGAUAGGGAACUCAGCCAAGUGCAGUAACAUGUAUCUUUCGAUGACCAGUGAAAGCUGAUUGCUAGUUACCUGAAUAUCAGAGCAAAAUCUGGCAACAAAAACACUCUAACAAUUACCAUUUCCUUGGAAGAUUAUUUAUUAAUAAUUUGCGUAUUUGAAAUGGUAUUUGACAUCUGCUUUGAGAAGGCACGGUUCAUAUAAUCUAUAGGUAUAACUUCAAUGUCUUGUUUUAUGCUGCGUUUAGCUGCAAAAUCAGUCAUCUAUUGAGUCUCCUUCAUCCUUUCAAUCAUGCUUAUCUUCGUUCCUGCCGUAAAGGGUAUAACUUGUUAAUUUCUCAGUCUUAAUACCAAAUUAUGUCCAAUACUGAAAAUAUACAGUCAACUUAACGCAUCUCUGCUUCGCAGAUGAUUUACUAAUAUUUGCAAAGGGUAAGUUGGAUUCUGUUAUUGGUGUGAAGGAGGUGCUGAAGGUGUUUUAACACCUUUUCUGGCCUGCAACUUAACUGUGAGAAAAGUGAGUUAUAUUCAACAGGAAUUAAUAGAUGGGAGCUCAGUCCAAUAUAGCAGGUUUCUGGUUUUAAAAUUGGAUUGCUUUCUGUUAGAUACUUGGGGGUACCUUUGGUUACCAGGAGGCUCACCGGAAAAGAUUGUGCGCCACUAAUGGACAAGAUCACAACCAGGAUUAAAAGUUGGGCAGCUAGGCAUUUGUCUUAUGGUGGAAGGUUGCAGCUAAUGCAGUCCGUGCUGUUUGGUAUGCAAAACUAUUGGUCUAGGCGAUUCAUUAUGCCAAAGCAUGUGCUUAAGAAGAGAAAUCAACUAUGCUCCAGUUUCUUCUGGAAAAGGAGAGAAGGGUCCGCAAGGGGAGCUAGAGUGAGCCGUUGUGCAAUUUGUUUCUCUAAAUCUGAGGGAGGACUUGGUCUCAAAGAUAUAGUAUCUUGGAACCAGGCUUGUCUCAUGAAGAAUAUGCAGGACAUUUUUAUUAAAGCUGGUCCAAUAUGGAUAGCAUGGCUAGAAGCUUACGUUUUGAAGGAGAGGAGCAUCUUGCAGGUUCCAGAACAACAAAACAGUAGCUGGAACUGGAGGAAGCUACUUCAGCUUAGAUAGAUUGCACGGCAUUUUAUAAACAUAGAGAAUGGAGUUGAGAUCUAGCUUUUUCUAAGCAACACCUACUCAGCUGCUAUAGUAUGAAAUACGAUUAGGCCGAAACAAGAGAAGGUUGAAUGGCAUAAACUCAUAUGGUUUCAAUACCAUAUUCCAAAGCACUCUAUAAUAUCUUGGAUGGCUAUAUUAUAUAGACUUUCAACGAAGGACAGGUUGAAAACGUGGGGAAUUGAGGUGUAUGACAAAUGUUGCCUGUGCCAGAGAGAGGACGAAACCAGGGAACAUUUGUUCUUUGGAUGUGAUUAUUCAAAAUAGAUUUGGCAAAAGAUAUUACGGAAGUGCAGGAUCUUUCGGGGGUGGAGAACUGGUCCGAAGAGUUGAGAUGGGCAGUGAGCAAAUUGAGGGGAAAGCCUCCAUCAUAUUGCGAUUAGCCUGGAAUUCCAGACAUCAGAUAUGGAAAGAGAGCAACAGCAGGAUGUUACAGGUCCUUGAACACAUAAAAGAUGCUGUGAGGCUUCGAUUACAGGGACUAAGUGAGAUACACAUAAAAGAUGUUGUGAGACUUCGAUUAUAGGGACCAAGUCAGAUUGCUGCGAAUACAGUAAAUAAGAUGAUGUGUGAUACGUGGAAUCUUAAUGUUGCUAUGAUAGAAUAGGUUGCAAUUAGAGAUGCGUAUAUCGAUGGUUUGUA